AUGCACACAUCUGGAAGAGUUAUAUGCUUCACAAAUCCGACUAAGUAGAACAACUUUAAAACUUGGUGGUGUUAUUCCAAAAAUGCCACUUUUCCCAUAUUACGGAGAUAUGAACUUGAAAUUGGGAACUAUCAUGAAAUUCAUAGGCAACAUUCUAAAGCCUUAACGGGCUGUCACUCUAAGGUUUUGUCCUUGGGAGAAUUAAAAAUCUUUGCUUUAACUCCAUUUAUUAUGGAUCUUUUACAACGAGCUGAAGCUGUUUGUUUAAAUAAACUUGAUGGAGGUUUCAAAAAUAUUGUUCCAGACAUCGUUCAGGCUGUUCGAAGGAUGAAUGAGUUGAUUAGCUUGUGGCUUCAUUCUUUUUCAAAUUUAGAAUGUGUUGUUGAUGCAACUUCUCAUAUUGUUGAUUUGUUUCAAGCAGAAACUUUGUUUCCAAAGCUAAUUAAGUUAAGGUUGGAGUCUUUGAGCAAUUUGAAAAAAGUUUGCUGCGGUCCACCUUUGCUUCUCUUCUUCGAGAAAUUGCAAGAAUUGCAUGUAUCUCAUUGUCCUAUGUUAACAUCACUCUUCCCAAAGUGUGUUGCCAGAGCUGUGUUGUCGUUACAGAAGCUAACUGUAAAAAGUUGUGGUGAAUUGAAGAAUAUAAUAGAUGAGGAUGGUGAUGGUACUAUCAAUCAAAUAAUUUCAGCUUCAAACAAUUCACAUUCGGCGUUCUCACAAUUGAAAAGUUUGACCAUCCUUGAUUGUCAUAAGUUAGAAUAUGUAUUCUUAAACUCUUGUGCUCAAGGCCUUGUGCAGUUAGAGGAGGUGUGCAUUCAGGGGGCUUCUCAACUAAAAUAUGCUUUUGGCCAACAUGAAGAUGAACAUCAAGAGUUUCAGAUAGAGCUUCCUAUUCUGAAAUCACUUGAACUUCAUGGCUUGAAAAAUUUGAUUAGCAUUUUCCCAAAAAACUAUCUUUCGAGUUGCCCAUGUUUGAGGAAAUUGCGUUGGGUGAGAUGUCCAAAAUUCAGAGCUUCAUGUGUUAACAUUAUGGUUGGUUCAAAUAUAAAUAUGGACAACCAGUUAUACAGCAAGGUUUCAGCUCCAUUAUCGUUUCUAAAGUUAGAGAAACUUGAGGUUAAGGGUUGUAGUGUUGAAGACAUUCUAUUUCCACUUGAAAGGGAUGUUUUUACUGAAACGAAUUCCCAAAACAAGUUGAUCUCACUCUUAGACACUCUGGAAUUGGAUAAUAUGCCUGAGCUAAAGUUUGUUUGGAGUGGUCCAAUGGGAACAGUGAGCCUCCAAAAUCUUAGAGAACUUAAAGUGAGAGGGUGCAACAAUUUGAAGAUGAUUUUCUCCCCUGUAAUUCUUAAAAGUAUACAACUAUUGGAGCGUCUUGUAAUAUCAGAUUGCAAUGAAUUGGAGGAAAUAAUGUGUGGUAUAGAGUAGGAGAGCAACAACAAGGCCCAAUGGACGCUCAAUCCGUGCAAGUAUUCUUUCCAAAUCUGAGAGAGCUUCAAGUUUGGAGAUGUAGCAAGCUCAAAUGCUUAUUUUCAAUAGCCAUAGAUUGGAACAAUCAUUUAAAGAAUGUGUUACCCAACUUGAAAUCCUUAACUUUGGAACAAGUGCCAAGUCUCCAGGAUUUUUGCUACAGUUUACCUUUUCCAACAAUCACCUUUUCCAGCUGUUGGGUUCAAAACUAGAACGCUUGUGGUUAGGAAGUGAGCCUGAGCUAUGGGUGACAUGGAGAGCUCCUUUACAGAUUUCGAACUUUGUCCAUCUUCAAGACCUUAGACUGAGUGAAUGUAAGGAAUUGAAAUCUCUAUUUGGUGAGGGCUUCCGCGGAAGAAGCCUGCCAAUGUUACAAUAUCUUAGAAUAAGCAAGUGUGAGGAGUUGGAAGAAAUUCUGAGAGCGGAUAAUGAAUUCCAAACAUGCUUUCCUAAAUUGGAUUACCUCAGAGUUGAGCAUUGCAACAAGCUCAAGUAUCUUUUCUCAAUCUCCUCUCUCACUCCAUUGCUUCCCCAUUUAGAGACAAUAUACAUAUCUGAAUGUGCAAAGUUAGAGGAGCUUUUUAGAUGCAGCAGUGAAGACACCAGUAACAAUGUCAAUGAAAUCGCGCUUCCAAACUUAACAUUCAUACAUCUAGUGAAAUUGCCAAGUCUUGUUGAUGUCUGCAAUGGGUUCAAGUUAUACGCUGUGAACCUUGAACAAAUUAGGAUGCAAGAAUGUCCAAAAUUUUCUUCAAUCAUGGGGGCAACUGGGAGCAUAGUCACUCAAAUAAAGAGAAAGGAAGCAGAGCCUCGUGGGAACAACGACAGUCAAAUGCUUGAUCAACUCCGAUAUUUCUUCUUCCAGAAUAUUUGACUUUAAUGAAAUUAGGGUUGCAAAAAUUAAGUGAACUAAGCUUCAUAUGCAGGGCUUUCAGUACUCCCUCCCAAAAUUCAAGCUUCCAAUAUCUUAGAUUUUUAACAGUGCAUGGAUGUGGAAAACUGAAAUGCAUCUUCUCCUCCUCUGUUUGGGGAAGCCUUCAACAUCUGACACAGUUGGAAAUUAGAGAAUGUGAGCAAGUAGAGGAAAUCAUGCAAGAGUUGGAAGAAGCUCAGCAUGUAUCCCACAUUUCUUUCCCAAAAUUGCGGUGGAUAACAGUGGAGGGGUGCAACAAGUUGAAAUGCCUUUUCAGGACACCUACAAUUGCAAUGCUUCUUCCAGAACUAAGUCUCAUAGAGGUAUCAAAAGCUGCACAAAUGGAGGAGCUCUUUUCGCAUAAUUAUAAUAGUGAUGAAGACACUGUCACUACACAACAUAUUGUGUUUUCAAAUCUCUACUCAUUGAAACUUUCAAAAUUGCCAAGCCUCGCUCACUUCUGCAAAGGACUCAACUUAAAUGCUCCAUACCUUGGUGAUGUCCAGAUAAAUGAAUGCCCAAAAUUUGACUUUUCCUUCAAGGAACCCACUUCCAUAGAAAGCACAGUACCACGAAUCAUUUGAUGGAGAGCAUAUGAUAAAGGAAAGAGCAGAUGGCAGGAGCGAAAAGAAAGCAGUAAUUAUCAUAUGCAUGAGGAUGUUACUAGUUAGAAAGUUGUGUUUUUAUUGUAAAAAAACCUGGUGAUUUCAAAUUCUAAAGUUUUCAGCAAGGCCUGUAAAACAGUGUAUCUGGUAAUCAAGUGGGGAAUUUUCGAGGGGUAUAGUGUGGAUGGAUAUGAAUGUGUGGAUAACUGUUUUGGAUUGUAUUGACUGUGAUGAUAGAACUUAUAUUCCUUGUGAACACCAUCUUCUUGAAUAUUACAAGCACAGUUUAUUGAGCUUUUGUCUUUUGAUAAGGUAA